AUGUCGCUUGUUCUUUUUUGGCAUCAAUUCCUAUACCAAAGUGAUAUCUUAGAAUUCACAUCGGCAACAGCCCAGGGGCCACCGCCGCGUGCAGGGACUGAUGUCAAGUCAACACUCUGGGAAUUCUAUAACUAUGAAGCUCGUACUUCUGACAAGGAUAUGCUGAAGCACUGGCAUGAUGACAUGAGUACACUCCUCAUUGUGGCUGCCCUCUUCUCUGCUGUGCUAACUGCAUUCAUCAUUGAGUUCUACCGCAAGCUGGAGCCUGACUACACUGCUAUCUCUGCUUACCAGCAGCAUACUAUGUCUAUUAACAUCCAAGCUCUGCUCAAUGCUAGUCUGAAUCUGCCUGCUGAGCCAAUUUAUGAUGCUGUUGAUCCAGUCAUGGAAUUUCAGCCAUCCCCAGCAAUUGUCUGGACUGUAGGCUUAUGGUUCUCAGCCUUGGCUUGUAGCAUAUCAGUUGUGGUUCUUGCCUGGCUAGUAAAGCUGUGGUUCCUAGCUUAUAUGAAAGGGAUGAAUAAUGGAAAUGCUUAUGACUGUGCUCAUCGUCGCCAGUAUAGACAUGAUGCCUUGCUUAUGUGGAAGGUUCCUGCAAUUGUUGCAGCUCUUCCUGUGCUUAUUCAUAUGACAAUUACUCUUUUCUUGACUGGACUAGUUAUUCUGUUAUGGUCACAGAUUAAUAGUCCUGCUGCCUAUAUUGUUUUGAUUAUUACAAUCUCGAUGAUCUUAGCUUAUUCUAUUACAACACUGCUUCCCUUAUUUUAUGAGGCUUGCCCUUAU